AUGCCUUAUACACCUGCAAGCUUAGAUUCAUUGCCGGACAGACCAUUGAGGAAAAUAUUCGAUCAUUGUGGUUUGAAAGAAAAAGAAAGCUUGAAGCGAACAUCUGCCUCAUUACGACACUUCCAUGUAACGAAUCAAUUCGACCAUGAACUAACCCAUGUUCUGGUCCACGCAACAUCGGCAAAUCAGAUUUAUGUUCGACUUCAAACUCCAGAAGAAGACUUCGAUAUAAUUUACAAUCAAAGUGGGGAAAACCAUUGCACAGUGGCACAUAAUGGAGGAAUACGAACAAUAGAGCGAAGAGAUAUGACAACAAUUGCUGGACAUGAUUUGGGACUUAUUCUGCAGAAUCAGCAGUCCCGUAUCAAGGAGUUGACAUUGGCUUUCAACGAAGAGUGCCGGACAACAAUCUGUGAACAACUUGUGGAUCACCUUAUGCAUGGUCUUGAUAAUCAUAUUCAUGGACAACAUGUGAUACUAAAAGCCGACCAGUUUUGGUACAGUGGAAUUAUCAAUGAGACUCCGAUUAUGAAAAUUUUGAACAAACUUCAGUCGGAAACUUUGACAACGAUUUGGUUGGACGACGAGAGUGAGCAAAGAUUUCAUCCGAUUGAGAGAAUUAUGAACUCGGAUCAUUGGAAAGGGACGUAUGAAGUUUAUUUAAACGGAUUUGCGGUUCGGAAUUCGCUCAAAAACUUUUAUCAUAUACCGAUGGGCAGAUUUGAUAUUGAAUCGGUUUCGACACAUGAGCUGAUGGAGUUGAGAGCGCUGAUUAUCUUUGAAAUCCUGGAAUUCACCAUAAUGGCGAUUCGAGACCAAAGGCGAUUCUUGACUUUAUUUGGAAAACCACGGAAAACAGAAGGAAACACACAAAUCUGGUACUUCAGAUACAAAAAGAAAACAUCAGACAAUCUUCGAAGCAUGCUCCGAGUUCAAUUCAUUGAUAAGAAAACAUUUAUUUUCCAAAGAUUCACAGAGGAUCAAUAUGAGCUAAUUGAAAUGGAAAAGAGUGAAAUGGACACAAUCUUAUCAACGCCGAAUAAAUUUAAGACAUAA